AAAGGGAGCUGCUUUUCAUGAGAAUUGGAAGGAGGAGGAGGGAGAUAGCUUUGUUUGCUCUAGUCUUAUAUUGUGGUCAUUUGCACCUACAUUUAGUGAGACAGAAUGAGCACGACUGCAACCUCAAAAAGGAAGUAGUAAGAAGAUGAAGCACAACGACAAGAAAUAAAGAAGACAAACUUUAAGCUUCUGAUGAUUCUUUUGUGAGUUUUUCAGCCUUGUUUUGAUGGCUUUCUUCAUAACCUCCGCCAGACAGGCUUAACUCUCAUGUUUUGUUGGAUUCUGGGGAGAUAUUACAACUUGAAGCUAUAAGGAUUAAACCUUGGACCUGUACUGUGCCUCACAAAGGCUGAAUCUCCAGGAAGUGAAACUGAAGGAUUAAUUUCAAAAUUAUAAUCUUUUGCAUGUGGACACUGGAUCGACAGAUUCGAAGGAGUGACAAUGCCUGUGAUUGUUCUUGAGGCUCGAGACUUCACCAGUCCACUAUUUCUGGUGCGAACAUUGGAAGUCUUCUCCAGUUGCAUCGCCUUUAGUCUUGUGGCCUCAAUGAAAGGUGAAGGCCUGAACCCUUCACCUGAUUCCAUCACCUUCAAGAUUUUCUGUAUGUUUACCUGGUGUUUCUUCUUUGUGGUUACUCUCCUCAUACACAUUAUCACCAUCAUCCAGUUCCACAGCCUCCUCCCGAUAUCGUGGAAGAACCUGACCAUGACGGUUGCGUUGUUAGGGGUGCUGAUGAACUUCAGCUCCUCCGUGGUUUUUCCCUGGAAGGUCAUGGAUCAUGAUGUUGUAACUACGCACGGUUUAGCAGCUGCAGUUUGCUCUGGUCUCACCUUCUUGGUCUACGCCUCUGAGUGUUGUGUUCUUCGCACCCAAGCGCACGAACAAAGAGGCUACAUAAGCAGCUUCCCUGGUUUUCUUAAGAUAAUCCAACUGUGGGGAGGUCUACAGAUGAUACCUCUGAUGGUGUUAAUCUCCAAGUUGGAGACUGGAGGUCACUGGCAGCUCUGGGUGUCUUGCGUCUCAUAUGGCAUUUGCGUCGUCAUAUCUCUCAUCACCCUGGUAGUGAUACUGGGUGACUUUGCAGGACAAUGCCUACUGCCAUUUGACAGAUUUUUGGCUGCCUUCAGCUUGAUCGGUGUGCUCCUCUACAUGUUGGCCACAGUGAUUUGUUUCACCAAGAUACUGCAGCUGAGAGAGGAGAAAUCCAAACAAGAAAACCUAAAUCUGGUCACCAUGGAAACAGUGUUUUCUAGUAUCACACUAUUAGCUUACACAGUGGACCUCGCCUUUUCCAUCAAACUGUUAUGUGACAGGAGUCACAUUUGAAGAUCGCUGUAAAGUUUGUAAAAUAUUCUUUAUGAAAACUGAGAGAAAGAAAAUCAAACUGAUGGGCAUUUCUGCUCUUAAUCAUUGCUGUCAUGUCAAACUAUCAUUUUGAACCCAAAUCAUUGACUUUGGUUGGUUUACCGCUGGUGCUACUUGUGGUGAGGAAACACUUAACUAUCACAUUUUACAAGUUCAACUUCAACUGUUAUGACAACAGUGUUGAUUCUGUUGUAGUUUUCCUUAAUUGCAUUUGUAUCGUAACAAAAACAAGACAUAAUAUUUCAGAAGAAUGGCUUAUUAUGAAAAACAUGAUGUACUUUUUACAAUUAUGAGUAGAAAGAAGAUGAGAUUUUUUGGAGGGAAAUGAACUCCCUUUAAAUGUACCUUCUUACACUGCCAAAUCUUGAAAGAAUAUUGCAAAUAUUCCUUAAAUAAACUUUUUCUUAAUAUUUUAGCAAACAAAAUAUAAAAAAAUUACAACUUUUAAAUGCUCUCUUCCUAAAUGUACUAUCAUGUAACCUAGUGAGGCUUAAAUGUCUAGGGCUUGCUAGAUAUUAAAUAAAUCCAGUCAUUAUUUUUAAGUUGAAAUUAAGCUUUCAGAAUUAAUGCUUGUUAAAAAAGCUGGUAAAAAGCUAAAAGUAAACCAAUUCAUUGAGCUCAGACCAAUCUGAAGAAUCUGCUUAGUAACUACGAAUACAGGAAACCGUCUCGUCUUCAACGGAUGCUCCAAUAAAAGCAUAAUAAAUGAGCAGGAAAUAAUUAUUUUCUCAUAAGAAAACAGGACAAUCCAGAUCGGACCAAUAUCUACCAUGAGUGUUGUGCAGUUGUAACCUGACAACAGCCAGA